AUGAUGUAUUCAAUUGCUGCACGAUAUUUGACAAAGUCAGCUAUUCAAAGUUUAACACAUCAAGCAUCACUACAUAUAUCUCCUAAGAAUUUUUAUCCUUUGAUUCCAAUGGUUAUCGAACAAACUGGACGUGGAGAACGUGCUUAUGAUAUCUAUUCACGUCUAUUGAAGGAACGUAUUAUAUGUGUUAUGGGUCCAAUAACUGAUGAAUUAUCAAGUGUAAUUAUUGCUCAACUUCUUUUUCUUCAAUCAGAAAGUUCAAAAAAACCAGUUCAUAUGUAUAUCAAUAGUCCAGGUGGAAUUGUAACUGCAGGUCUUGGAAUUUAUGAUACAAUGCAAUAUAUUACACCACCAAUUGCAACUUGGUGCGUUGGUCAAGCAUGUUCAAUGGCAUCACUAUUGUUAACAUCAGGUACACAUGGUUUACGUCAUUCAUUACCAAAUUCAAGAAUUAUGAUUCAUCAACCAUCGGGUGGUGUACAGGGUCAAGCAACAGAUAUAAUGAUUCAUGCGGAAGAAAUUUUGAAAUUAAAACGACUGAUCAAUAAACUUUAUGUAAAACAUACAGGUCAAACAGCUGAAGAAAUUGGUAAUGAAUUACUUUUUGUUGUUGUUUGUAUCGAACUGUUUUUAUUUGUAGAAAAGCUACUUGAACGUGAUCGAUUUUUUGACGCAGAAAGUGCUAGACGCCUUGGUCUUAUUGAUAAAGUUCUUGAACAUCCUAUUCAAGAUAUAAUGAAUGAAAAUGAGAAAAAUUCUAAAACAAACAAUUAA